CCGAGCAGCAUGGCCGGGCUGGGCGGCGGCCCCGCCGCCUUCGGCCGCUGCACGCACGCCGUGGUGCGGGCGCUGCCCGAGUCGCUCUGCCGGCAAGCGCUGCGCAGGUCGGCGGGGCCCGAGGUGGACUUCGCCCGCGCGGAGCGGGAGCACCAGCUGUACGUGGGUGUGCUGCGGGGCAAGCUGGGGCUGCAGGUGCUGGAGCUGCCGGCCGACGAGAGCCUCCCCGACUGCGUCUUCGUGGAGGAUGUGGCCGUGGUCUGCGAGGAGACGGCGCUCCUGACCCGCCCGGGCGCGCCCAGCCGCAGGAAGGAGGUUGAAGCCAUGAAGAGAGUACUAGAAAGUCUCAACCUGAAUAUAGUCGAGAUGGUGGAUGAAAAUGCAACCUUGGAUGGUGGAGACGUCUUAUUUACAGGCAGAGAAUUUUUCGUGGGUCUUUCCAGGCGGACAAAUCAACGUGGUGCAGAAAUUCUGGCUGACACAUUUAAGGAUUAUGCUGUCUCCACAGUCCCUGUUCAUGAUUCUUUGCAUCUGAAGGGCUUUUGCAGCAUGGCUGGACCAAACUUGAUUGCUAUUGGAUCAAGUGAAGCUGCACAGAAAGCCCUGAAGACCAUGCAACAGAUGAGUGACCACCGCUACGACAAGCUGACAGUGCCUGAUGAUGCCGCAGCCAACUGCAUGUACUUAAACAUUCCCAGCAAGGGCCACGUCCUGCUGCACCGAGCCCCUGAGGAGUACCCAGAGAGUGCAAAGGUAUUUGAAAAACUGAAGGACCACAUGCUGAUCCCAAUAGCCAACACAGAACUGGAGAAAGUAGAUGGGUCACUCACCUGUUGUGCUGUGCUUAUUAACAAAGCUUCAGAAUUAUGAGUUUACAGAGUCCCUCCCUUGUAACUGGCAAUAAUGUUACACACAAGGUAGACGAAUCUGUAUCCACACUUUUAUUGUUUUAAUUGACAAUCUACUGUACCACUGUGCUACUAACCCUUGUUUACAAAUUUAUUGCUUUGUGAUUUUUUCUUAUGUCUUUGCAGAUGGUAUUUAAGGUGGAUGUAGGGUUUGUUGGGGGCAUAUAACUCUAGAAGUAUGUUAGUCCCAUGGGCUAGCAAAAGACAAUUAUAAUGGCUAACCCCUAGCUUUAGUGAUUUAACAUACCUGUGUGAAAAUUUUAUGAAACCCAGCUAAUUCUCAAUAUUUCAAGCACCUCUGUUGUCUUUACACUAUUCCCUUCUGUCUUCUUUUCUCUUACUUCUUUCCUCUGCAUAUUUUUUUCCUUCCUCAGUUCUCUGCUUUCAGUGGUGCAAGGGGGACUGAAGAAAACUCAGUGGGCUCAUGGACUUGGUAUCUUGUGUGGUAGGGAAGCUUUCUGCAUAGUGGCUGGAACAGUGGGCACUGAACUGUGCUCACUGUCUCGGCCGUAUCACAUUGCUGCUGCUGGGCAGAGUUGUGGCUGUGGCUGGAAUCAGUUUCAGACACCAGGUACCACCUUUGGAAAAAGCUUCCUCCGAUGGGAGCGCUGAAGGGCAAUGUCUGCCUGGGAAACUUGAAUGACAGAAAAAGAGAGUAGCACAGUCACACAAGAUGCCUCCUGCAAGAUCAGGUCCCAGUUUCCUGCUAAUGCCAUGAUUUUCAAUGUGGUGAGAAUGGGAGGGGAGUUUUUAAAAAGGCCAGAUCCUAGGGAGCCUCCUGACCACAAAAAUGAAAGACUGAGAUGCUUUUGGAAAAGUUAAACCUACAAAAGAAAUUUAAAGGAUGGGGGGUUUAAGUCUCUUUGUUUACAUCUUAAAAUUUAUUUCUGUUUCUCCUUUCUGUUUUCUCCUCUCUUAGAGGCCACUUACUAGCAAAAUUCAAAAGAAAAGGGUGAUAGAAGGAGUUGAAGGACAGCUAUUCCUGGAUUAUGCCCAUGAAUAAGGGAAGCUAUUUUUUCCUGAAAGAUUGGCAUUUGUACUUUAUCUGCCCUUGGGGCAGUUUUCCUUGGAACAAUAACCAUCUUAUUUUUCUUUUAAUUGCAUGAAUAUUUACUGUGGUAUUCAGUUAAAGCGAAUAUAAUUUUUGUAGCAGAUUCCACAACAUGUUUACCCACUGAGUCAUACUAUUUUUUUCACUACCACAAAGUGAAGCACACACCAUUGUAUUCACAUGCUUCUUGUUAAAUCAUUUGUAAACUAAGGAUGGGAGAAAUUCCCAAACAGAGGCAGUAGCGGGAACUCUCUAGAGCCUGACAAAUAGUCUGAACAUGUUAUCAAUUUCCUAGACAUCUCCUCCACCUUUCCUGAACCGCUUGUGACAUGUUGCUAAGGUACAGUAGGAAGUGAGUAAGGGGCUCAGGCAACGUGGUCUGUAGGAAAGCAAACAGUGUUAACCAAGCACACACUCGGAUAUCCUUUGGAAACCUGCGUGCUUUUUUGUGCAGUCAUAAGGGAGGAAGCACAAGUACUCAUAUCCACAGGUACUCUUCAGCAUAUCUCUCGCUGCAUCUCAGUGGCUAAUGAAGGGAGAACCUCCUGGCAGCUACCAGGAUACAUCUGAUGCUUUGUGGGUGCACUGUAUGUUGUGAUGACACAAGGUAUCAUAAGGGAGAGAGUAAGGAUGAGCAAACAUAUCCUAUGGAAAAAGAGAGCAUGUCCCAAAGGAAGCCUUCAGCCAGCCAAACAGCAAGUGAUUUGUUUGGGGUUUUUUUUAUGACUGUGCUGUCCCAAAGGGUUAUCCUAAUGUUUCCCCUUUGUCUCUUCCAU